AUGGCUGCUGAGGUGCAAGCUUUCACACUGGCGGACCCCGAGUGGCAAGAGCUGCUGCUGCCGGCGCAAGACCCGGCAGACAGCGGCAUUGACAGCGACGCCACGGACAAUGACCGACGCGACCGUCGCCAGGGGCGACUUCGACAUGGUUGCUACCGCUGUUGCCAGCAUGGGAUCCGGCGGACAGCGGCAUACAGCGACGCCACGGACAAUGACGACGUAUACAGAGGUCGACAUGUAGUCGGUAUACAGUCGACAUGGUUGCUAGAGCCGCUGUUGCCAGCAUGGGAUCCGGCGGACAGCGGCAUUGACAGCGACGCCACGGACAAUGACCGACGCGACCGUCGCCAGGGGCGACUGUAUGAGGACAGUAUCGACGAAGAAAGCGAUGUCACCGUCGAGAUUGAAAUGCCCAUUCCGUAUUGCGCACAGCACCCUAACCUCUCCUUCGCGGAUCAUUGCGUGGCUGAAUCCGCGGCCAGAUCCGCUGCCCAAGCGGUGCGUGUCUCACCAUCGCUCUUCGAAGUUGAACUCACCGCGUCCGAUGAAGACGAUGUUUCGGUACUCGAGCUUAUUAUACCAUAUCAGAAGCCACGGUAUAAGAAACUGCCCACGUCACCUCCCUUGAAACCUAGGAUCAGAGCUCCGAGGUACCUUUGCGGGUUGCUUUGCUGUUUUCGGAAGUAAGAACCAUUGUAGACCGGACAAAUGCGAAAACUUAUUCGACCGUUUUUAAUAUUAUUUGAAGCCAACAGUGUCAUCGCUAUUAAAACAAAGAUCAAAGUCCUUCACUACUUACUUACACGUUUACUUUCUUUUUGGAGGGAUAUGAAGCCUGAUCUACGAAUAUAUGUUCUCAAAUUAUAAAGAUUUUAUGUUGUCGUUGUUAUCAGCGCAGACUGAAUUUAAUCAAGUAAUUAGUGAGCUUAUGCAUUGCAAGUCAUACCUAUAACAUCAUUUUAUUUAUAAGAUAAGUAUCAACCCUAUGAGUGAAUGACUUUAAUGACGGUAUUCAAAACUUCGAAUUAGAAAUCAGAAGUAAAACAAUUGGAUAGGUACUGUGGUAUCUUAUAUCAUAUAGCUGAUCUGAUGCGAAUUUUUAUCAUUCAUUGAGAGGUGAGUGGUAAAUAUUAUGUAGUACAUACUUACUUACUUAUUUAUUGGUAAACUACAAUAAUACUAUUGAUUUUGUUAUGUUCACGGUUCUUUUUAAUUUAUAAAUAAAUAUGUGUUUGUUUAACAAUGCACCAUAAAAGUAUAUGUAUUAUACUGUAGUUAGUAUAAGUUUACAUUAUACAUACAUACUACUAAUUAUAUUUUA